AUGGUCGCCGUGACAGUAGCACCCGAGGCGCCCGUGAACGGCGUCGCGCCCGCAAAGACAAACGGCUGCUGUAUCGCCGUGACCGAGCUGAAGCAGCGCUUCGCCCCGGUCGCCGCCGCUGCCGACCAAGAGACCCUCGAUGCGCCGCUGCCGAAUCCCUCCCUCGUCGUCACGGCCGACCACCAGCUCAAGGCGGAGGAGGCGCCGGUCCUAGCACCCAAACGGGGAGAGGCGUUGGUCCAUGUCAAGGCGACGGGAGUUUGCGGAUCCGACAUCCACUUCUGGAAGACGGGCCGCAUCGGCUCGCUCGUUUUCGAGGGCGACUGCAUCAUCGGCCACGAGGCCGCCGGCGUCGUCAUCCGCUGCGGCGAGGGCGUCAAGAACCUCAAGCCCGGCGACCGCGUCGCCAUCGAGCCCGGCGUGCCCUGCGGCGAGUGCUUCCUCUGCACCGACGGCCGCUACAACCUCUGCGAGGACGUCCAGUUCGCCGGCGUCUACCCGUACCACGGCACCAUCCAGCGCUACAAGUGCCACCCGGCCAAGUGGCUUCACAAACUCCCCGACAACAUCUCGUACGCCGAGGGCGCCCUCCUCGAGCCCCUCAGCGUCGGCAUGCACGGAAUCCGCACCGCCGGCCUCGCCCUCGGCGUCGGCGCCGUCGUCUGCGGCGCCGGGCCCAUCGGCCUCGUCACCCUCGCCGCCGCCCGCGCGUCCGGCGCCCACCCGCUCGUCAUCACCGACAUCGAGCCGUCGCGCCUCGCCUUCGCAAAGUCCCUCGUCCCGAGCGUCCUCACCUACCGGAUCGACCCAGCCCUCGGCAACGAGGGCAACGGCAGGGCCAUCCGCCGGCUCUUCGGCGACGACGAGUACAGCGCGCCGCGGACCGUGCUCGAGUGCACCGGCGUCGAGAGCAGCAUCUGCACGGCGGCCUUCACCGUCCGCCGCGGCGGCACCGUCAUGGUCAUCGGCGUCGGCCGCGAGAUCAUGAACAACCUGCCCUUCAUGCACAUUUCUCUCGCCGAGAUCAAGCUCGAGUUCAUCAACAGGUACCGCGACACGUGGCCCGCCGGCAUCGCCUGUCUGAGCAGCGGCAUCCUCGACCUCAAGAGCCUCAUCUCGCACACGUUCCCGCUCGAGAGGGCCGUCGACGCCCUCACCCUCGCCUCGGAUUACCGCAACGGCAGCAUCAAGGUGCAGAUCGUCGACGAGACCGACUCGCCCCUGUUUUGA